AUGGAGACGCUCUACGUGCCGGCGUGGAAGCAACGCAUCUUACGGUUCCUCGACGGGACGCGGUGCACGCUGUUCAUGACGCUCGUCACGCUGUGGGCGCUGUUCGGGGACGACGUGCGGUUGAUGGCGUUUCACGCGGGGGACGACCCGAUGUUCGUCGGGCUCGUGUACGUUUGCCUCGCGUUGUUCUCCGCGGAGAUGUGUUUGAUGUGCCUCGCGAAGAGAGGAUACGUCGGGACGUUUUACUUUUGGCUCGAUCUCAUCGCGACGUUGUCGCUGUUGAUGGACGUUCCCGAGUUCAUGGCGCUGAUCGACAUGGCGCCGUGCGCGAUCGAGUCCGACGCGUGGGCGCACGGGUUGCGCGGGCACGACGAGGGCGGCGGCACGGAAGCCACCGCGGACAGCGCGGUGGCGCGCGCGGGGCGGGCGUCGCGAGCGGGGACGCGCGCGGGACGCAUCGUGCGACUCGUGCGACUCGUGAGAAUCGUGAAGCUGUACAAGACGUGGCAGACGCGUCGACGGAACAGCAAGGACGUCGUCGCGGGGAGUUUGGCGCGGGCGGCGGCGGCGCCGGCGACGGCGGCGACGCCGCCGGCGACGCCGAAGGACAAAGACGGCGCGGCGUCGCUCGACGCGAAGAAAAUCGGCGACGCCCCGCGCGCGUCCGACGAAGACGUCGACGAAGAGUUCGCGACGCCUGAGGUGCGUUCUAUACACUGGUCCCCAUACGACCGCGUCGGCGUGGUGAACGCCGAUCCUUAA